AUGGACUUGAAUGUUUCCUUACAUACAAAUGGUGCGGAUGAGCAAAAUAAAGAUUACAAAUCGAGGGAACCGGCGAAAAAUAGACCUUCAUCGUUUAACACUGCAUCAGAAAAUAUCGAAAGUGGUACAGAAAGAGCUUCAGCGUCUGAUGAGGAAUCGCCACUUUUCUUUGAAAAAUUAUUCGAUCAAAAUAGUUCGUUUGUUCAGUGUUAUUUGAAUAAACAUGUUAAUAGUUUGCCUUCGAAAUUGACGAUAAGCUCGAGGCGCCUGUCUCAGUGCCGUGAAGAGGACGAAGAACAAGAAAAGAGAGACUUAGUGCCUUCAAAUAUGUCAGACAGUGACAAAUCGUCCCCAGACCCGUCGAGUGGUUCUAAACUUGCUGUGAUAGAUACAAUAAGUGGGCCAACGCAUAAGUUUGUGAUAACGAAACCUAACAUCGAGGAAAGUCAAAAUGAGCCCCCGAAGGAGUUGUCGAAAGCCGCAAAGUUAUUUUCAAACAAAAAACAAUACUUUCAAGCUAACACAGUUCAUGCUAUUUCUUCGUGCGACCCCAAGAAACCCUCUGUUCGUACCAUUUUCAAGGCGCCACUGCAGAACCUGCAUUACGAUGCGAAGUUUUUCGAUUCCUCUUUGAUAGAAAUGAAGAGCAGCAGCAGUUCGACUAUCGAUCAAGGCGGAAGUGCUGAAGAUAUAUGGGUCAAAAGAAAAGACGCUGAUUUAAAUCGGG